UUAAGUGUUUUAGAUUAUUUAUAUAAAGUUAUUUUUAUUUUAUUUUUAAACAAAUAGUCAACACAUACUAUUGUAUUUAAUAUUAACAAAAAUAAAAUAUGUUUAACAAAAUUUUUUUCAACAUUUUAUUAGGUCUAACAGUUUAUACUUUAGUAAAAUAUAUAUUUUUUACCGAUUACUCUGGUGUAUAUGUGCGGUCAACGUCGGGCACUAUCCGUGGACAGACAAUACGGGUGCUCAAUAAAACUGUCUAUCAAUUUUUGGGUAUACCCUAUGCGGAACCACCUAUUGGCGAAUUAAGGUUUGCCCGUCCAGUGCCUAUAAAGAUACCACGCGGGGAUAUUAUAGAUGGCACACAAUUGCCGGCAUCAUGUAUACAGGAAAGACAUCCGUUUGUCCCGGAGCUCAACUACACGAGCGAAGACUGUCUAUAUUUGAAUAUAUUUACACCAACUGUUGACUACACGCGUGCGGCCACUAAACAUCCGGUAAUGUUUUGGAUACACGGCGGCGGUCACAGUGUCGGGUCGUCCGAUAUGUACAAUGGAACUGCUUUGGCCACUGAGGACGUAGUGGUUGUGACAAUUAACUACCGGUUAGGAAAAUUGGGUUUUAUGUAUAGCGAUGACAAGUCGGCACCGGGCAAUCAAGGAUUGUACGACCAGCUCAUGGCACUCAAAUGGGUACACAAAAACAUACAGUAUUUUGGCGGCGAUCCCAAUCAGAUCACUUUAUUUGGUGAAUCAGCCGGCAGUUGGUCAAUAUCGGCACACAUACUGUCGCCGCUAUCUAAAGGUCUAUUCAAGAGAGCUAUUAUGCAAAGCGGUGCCCAUAUGUAUAACAAGGACAGGGAUGUUAGUACUAGAGAAGAAGCACUAGUAGACAACAAACUUAUGGCAAGAAAGUUGAACUGUACUACAAAUAAUUGGGUUCAAUGUCUUCGCAAAGUUGGCGACGCCAAUGAGUUUCUUCCGUUUGUAACAUUUGGUUAUUUAACUUAUCCAACACUAGACACAGAGUUUUUGCCUACCAGUGCUCAAAAGGCAUUUUUGGAUAACACAUAUAACUCAGAUAUUGACAUCAUGGCCGGUGUUAAUGCCAAAGAGGGAUCACUAAUAAAAUACUUGUAUUGGCCAUUGGAUGAGGACAUUGAUGUCGACAUAUUUAAACAUUUUGUCAAAAAAGUGGACAAAAUGUUUCACAAUUUAGAUGAACAGAUAGUCGCCGAUUACUAUCUAAAAGGUGUGGACAUCAAUAACUCGCAGUCACUGAAGUGGGCUUUCUAUGAGUUUUACGGCGAUGUGUCUCUCAAAUGCCCGACCUAUUUGUUUGCCAAACAUAUGGCCACUCGGAAACCGGUAGAUAACAGCAAUGUUUACUUCUAUGAGCUUAGGUAUCAAUUGUCAUCAUUUGCACAACAAUUCGGAUGCGAUGAACAAACUAUGGGUAUAUGUCAUGCAAUGGAGUUGCCAUUUGUUUGGGGCAAACCUAUUGUCAGUCCAGAUAAUAGUGAUACCGAUACCGAUAUUGAGUUUACAAAAUACACAAUGAAAUUGUGGACAAAUUUUGCAAAAUAUGGUAAACCUGACAAUCAUUGGCCAAAAUUUUUAAGUAAUUCAAAAACAAAAGUAAAAAACUUGAGUCCAAAUAAUUUACAACAAAUUUUAGACAAUCCAUACUAUGAAUCGUGUGAUGUUUUUUGGAAAAACUAUUAUUAG